CUUCCCCUCGCCGGUAUUCAUCAUCCUCGCUCUUCCUUCUCACUUCUUUUCAACUCUCUCUCUCUUUCUCUUCAGCUCGUCGACGCGACAGCAGAAAUGAGUUCGCCCACUCUUCCCACAUCACAAUCGACCUCGGCGUCGACAUUGCCCGCCUCUCCCCCGGCUAUCUCCCAGACACCUCGAGCCGCCUCGCCCGCCGCGCCACUUGCGGCGUCCACUCCUGCCUCGCCUGCCCAGGCAUCUUCGUCGUCUCCAAAUGUCCAGGUGUUCCGCCCCGCCGACGCGUCCUCGAAGCCCGCCGAGCCUGACGCGUCCUUCUUCGAGCCAACGAUUUCGGACGUGCAGAGCUAUCAUACCAUGAUUGUCGGCCGGUCAAAGCAGCUGAAUGAGGCGCCUCUACUCACAGCGAAGCACCGUGAGGCGGAGCGUGCAGCUGCAGAGAAGCGCAAGGCGGACAAGUGGCCUAAUGCUACCAUUCGCAUCAAGUUCUCUGAUGGCACACAGAUACAGAGCAUCUUCCCUUCAACUUCCCCUAUCCAGCCCGUGUACGCAUUUGUGCGCGAGUCUCUCUCCUCCGAUGCCACUGCCAAGCCAUUCACCCUGUAUCAGCCUCCACGCACCACCUUCCCCGAGCACCCCGUCCCCCAACCUCCAGCACCCAAGCACAUCAACCCAGCUAUGCGCGCGCGCGUUGUGCAACCCCAAAUUGGUCCACAGCGCGGGCCGAACGCUGCUGGGAUCAGAGGCGGCUCGGGAGGUAAGGAGAGCCUCAGCGAAUUGGGGCUGGUGCCGCAAAGUGUCCUGCUGGUGCGGUGGGAGGACGCCAUGAUGAACUCCUCUGAUUACCCUGCGCCUCUCAAGGACGAGUUACGCGCACAAGCUGCACCGCUUCCCCCGCCUGCCGUCAAGGAGCCUCCUGAGCAACCCAAGAAGCUCACAGGCAAGGCGGGCGAGGUCAAGAUGCCCAAGUGGCUGCAGAAGGGCUUGAUGAAGAAGAAGUAGAGGAAAGGCUAGAGCAUAGAGAG